AUGGCCCAGGAAGGUUUUGAUUUUAAUGCAUGCAUAUAUGAUGGCAUAUCAUUCUUAUCCAGGGCACAGGAAUCAGCUGCAAAGGAUCGUAUUGGAUAUGCAACACGUAGUAGUUAUGUGAUACAAUCUUUGUCAACCCUUUCAGUUGCUGAUUCGUUAUUCAUAGAAAGGAUUAAAUCCCGAGUUAGGCAAUGGAUAAAUGCAUGUAAAGACUCCGUCACCAAGACAGACGAUGCUUUAGUUAAAUCCCUGAGGAAACUUGUCUUAGGAAGUGAAGAGUAUGGCUCGAGGCCAUGUUUGAUUAUAGAUGUUUGCAGUGAACGUCAAGUGCAGCUUGCACUACAGAUGCUGAGGGGGUUCUCUGAUGAUGUGGUCCCUCUGUUAAUCCCAGCCAAAGGAGGUGGAACCCAGGCUGUUCGAGUUGUUUUGACCAGUUCGAAAGAAGAUAGGGAGCUUUUUGAGAAGGAGCUUCAGAAAAUGGAAGAUGAACAAAACAAGCGUGUUCGUGGCUUUCGUGAGGUGAUCGAUUUGAUUUCCACUUCUGAGAAACCUGUUGUUGCCCACAACGCACUUAAUGAUUUUACGUCCAUCCAUUCCAAAUUUUUGGCUCCAUUACCUCCCACGUUGGAUGAGUUCAGGCAUUCCUUGCUUUUGGUAUUUCCUCACAUACUAGAUGUCAACCAUCUUAUGAAGGAACUUGGUCCACUGAAAAAAGUGACCAAUUUACCUGCUGCUAUUUCUUGUGUAAAAAGGCGGUUCUUUGUGCCUAUAGAUUUGGAGAUUCCUCAUCAAGUGAAGGAGAGUGAAGGCAAGACCCAUGGGCAUAAUGUUCUGAGAAUAAGCCAGUUAUUUGCUAAACUUUGCUCUAUACUAAAAGUCAAUCCGGAAGCUCAUGAUGCUGAUAGUGGUCAUUUAUCUUCAGCCCUUGAAGGCUUUGCAAAUAUCUUCAAUCCUUGCUCCAGAAAUUCCCAAGAUUCUACCGACGGGGAAGUUGGAUUGUGGACUGAAAAUAUGAGAAACAUUAGCAGUGAAGAUUUGGUCUUCUUGUGGGGCUUUAGAGGUGGGAUCUCAGCCGGAAUGCUGAAGAGCAUGCUACAUGGUUCCCAUGACGUGUUCUCUAAUGAAUUUGAUGUUCGACUACUUGAUAAGAGUUGUGCCAUUGUUGUUUUUCGGAAUCCUGGUUUGUCAGGAAGUUUCCUUGGUGCCAUGGAUUCUGAAGGCGUGUGCUCUGAAUCUCUGAGGGAGAUGAUCUUGGAUGGCCUUAGGGCGGCUGGUUAUGAAACUUACAAGAAGGUUUGUAGAUUGGGACUGUGGGAAAGAGAUUUAGCAGAUUCGUUAGACAAAGCCUUGGCAGACCCUGAUAAUAACCUUUCAGAAGUUGGUUUUGAGGAGUCAUCAGAGAUCUACUGGAACAGUGACCUGAUGAUUAACUUGGACGACCUGUAAGGUGUGCUUUUGUCCUAGUUCUCCCUCUGCUGGGACAGGGCAGAGAAGCUUGGGUACUUGGAUCCUUGAAAUUUUUGAAACCUUCGUCUGGGUUCCAACUGCAUAUUAAGAAUCUGCAGCUCUUGGGCCUUCAACUUGAUGGGAUACUACAAAAAGAAUAAUGCUAUUGGCAUCGGGGUCUAAAAAACUUAAAUACUUUGCUGAUGUGUCAAGUGAUGAAGUUUCAAUAAAGAAAUCCAAGAGUUAGUCAUGAUAUUAUCAUUGAAUUAUGUCACUGACACAUCAUUACAUUAGUAAAUUAAGACAAUUUUUUUGGUCUCAGUAACACUACUCAUGGAGUUCGAGAAAAGACUGGUCGGUGAAUGUCAUCUUUUGCAUGCUCAAGGACAGUGUUCUACCUCUACAUGUUUGAUUUCCACCAUUGCAUCAAUGAUUUUCGUGCUAAACAAGGUUGUAUUUUACAUUGUUCUUUCGGCAAGG